GCGGCUGGCGCAGGUUCCCAGCCCUUUCUGAGCUUUGUCUGUACGCCAUCUUGAAGGACUUCAUGUCACUGUGUCGCGACUGCUCUUGCGACGGCCCGUGCUAACCAGAAUCCUCGAGCCCGACGCUGGGAGGCGAGAUGAACGCCCCGGCCUGCCGAGCUGUGCGGACCUGCGAGCGCCUGCACGGUGGGAGCCGGCACCCCUGCCCCCGGAGUGACGCGCAGCCCCGAGUGGCCCAGACAGAUGGCCCCUGGCCAACUGCCUCAUCAGUCUGCCCCUUGGAGGGACACCUACCCCUUCUUCCUCCUGUCCCCACUGAUGCACCUUCUUACCUGGGCCUGAAGCCGCCUGAGAAGCGUGGGACCUCCAGAGACCUCCUUGGUGGAAGCAGUACCCAGAGCAGAUCAGAGAGGAGCUGGCCGAAGACAGACACAGGAGUUCGGGCUCCCGGGCCUUUCUUCCUCAGGACCCAGGAGUCCUGGCCACAAACCCUCCUGUCUCAGCCAGGAAGAAACUAAGGCAGCUUUGGCCACCCAACAUGGCCCCAGGAGCAGGUACCCAGAAGUGGAGGCUGGAAACAGUGGAGCAGCUGAGGAGAACGAAGAAGCCCCCUGGGGGGGCCUGCUCUGAUCUGAAAGCCAUGGGUCCUCUUCUUGAACCCUGGGAACUUUCAGGUGACGGUGAUGGAGAGCUUGGUGGAGAACAAGCAACCAGUGUCCCUAGAGAGCAGAGAAGUAGGUUUCUAGUUGGCCGGCCUGAUCCCCUGUCCCCUAGCCUUCCGGUGAGAACUGAGAAUAAAGAAGCCAUGAAGACCUCUCUCUCCCUCUCAUCUGCCCCCGGCUCCCGCCCCAGGGCCUGGGAGUGUUGUUCAGGGAAGGAGUCUGAGGAGACUGAGGACGAAGAGGCUGACCGAGAGCCACACCCAGUUCCAGUCCAGAAGCUCCUGCUCGGGACCUGGCAGUACCGACCCAGUAAGAUCACAGAGGAGGAUGAAGACAGUGCUUUGGUGACACCUGUGGGUCUCCCUUCCAGCCCACAUACCAGGGGUUGGCUGUGUGGGCCCGGAGAGGACACAGAAGAGGAGGAGGAAGAUGAGGACGGUGAUUCAGGAGCAGCUGAGGAAGAGGGAGGUGCUGAGGCUUCCUCUUCCCUCCCAUCCACAAGUGCCUUCUUGAGGGCCUGGGUGUAUCAACCAGGAGAGGACACAGAGGAGGAGGAGGAGGAGGAAGAUGAAGACGCGGGGGCAGCUAACUCAGGGCCAGGUUCCUGCCCCCGGGCCCAGAGCACCCUCCUCAGGGGCUGGGUAUAUCCGCCUGGGGAGGAAACGGAGGGAGGGGAAGCUGCUGAGUUGGGAGAAGCCAAGCCCUGUCCCUUCCAAGUGGCCAUUUAUUUACCUGGGGAGAAGCCACCACCUCCCUGGGCUCCUCUUCGGCUGCCCCUCCGACUGCAAAGGCGGCUCAAGUCUGAAGAAACCCCCACCCAGAAUCCAGGCCCUGAGACUCCCCUAAGGGCCAGAAAGGUGCACUUCUCAGAGAAGGUCUCCAUCCACUUCCUGGCUGUCUGGGCAGGUCCGGCCCGGGCAGCCCGCCAGGGUCCCUGGGAGCAGCUCGCCAGAGAUCGCAGCCGCUUCACCCGCCGCAUAGCCCAGGCCGAGGAGCAGCUGGGUCCCUGCCUGACCCCUGCCGCCAGGGCCAGGGCCUGGGCACGCCUCACAGGUCCGUCCCCCUCUCUGGCUGCCAUACCUGCCCCUCCCCAGGCCUUGUGGGUUUCCUCCAGCCAUGCCACAGCCUUGAGCCACGCUGUGGCCUCUCCCUCCCCUUGUGUGUCUCUGUCUCCUUGCUUGGACCUCAUUGAGAGGUUUGACUAAGGUCAUGUGGUUUGUUUAUUAUUAAGGAUUUUUUUAUGUGUUGGUUUAUAUAAGGAAUAAAGUCUUUUGUUUUGUAA